AUGUCCCGCCCGAACCCCCUCCGGAAGCCCUCCAACCUCUCCAUUCGCCCGCCCUCCCCGCAACGCCAGAGCUCCAACGGGCCCCCCAUCACGCCUACAAACUUUUCCUACCCCCAGCUGCCCGGCUCGUCACAUCACGCCCUCUACUCGCCCCGCCGCCAGCCUCUGCCGCCUUCUCCCACCCAGUCGAAUGUCUCCUAUGCUUCGUAUGCCAGCUCAGGCAAGGGGUCCUCAGGGGUAGGCACUGAUAUGCCCCCCCCGCUACCGCCGAGGGAUAAGCGGAUGCCUGCCUCGUCGCAAGGUGUACAAGCAAGCCCUUAUAGAGGCAAAGCUGGGGGGUAUGCGAGUAAUGCUGGAGCGUAUGACAACAAGCUUGUAUCCUCGACGCUUUCACAUCUGCCGCCCCUGCCUCCCCUACCACACUCCCCGACACCAUCAAAUACUUCCCAUUCAAUGCGCCCAGCCCCGUCAAUAAACCACAUCCAUGCCUCCCCCCGCCCAUCCCACUCCAAUGCCUCCACCUCCCACCUCGCUUCCAACCAGGCCUCUUCAGGGAUGGUGGUCUUUCCUGACGGCACACCGCUGUCAGAUCAUGCUCAGUACCCGACCACGACGAGCUUGUUGAGUGGGACAGGAGCGCAUGGACAUGAUCUGGGAGUGCUAGGGAUGGGAGGCGGCGGAAAGGCUGAAAGUCUGGCGAUGGCGCAUACAGAUCCAAAUGGGCCUUGGAGUUUGUUGACGGUGCAUGUGUUGCCCUUGUUUGCUGGUAGUGCGAUGAAGACCCCUAUCGAGGAUCUCAACUCUCUAUGUCGCUCCCAUAUCGUUACAACAUCUCAACGGUCGCCUCCAGCCCGCAUCGUCGCCCUGCUCUCCUCCGACCUGCGCGAGUUUAUCGCCUCUGGCAUGUUGACACUUCGGGCCAAGUUUGAGACGCUGGAAGAGGGCAAAAUGGUCAGUCGUGCUGCUGAAGUAUGGAGCUUUUUUUGGACCCAGGUAUUACCAUAUGUGGAAGGUGUAUUCUUGCCCUUCACCCAGCUUCAGAGUGUGCCUACGAACAAUACAUCCUCAACAUCCGCCCCGACCGUGAGAAUCGCAUCUUCACUACCAGCGAUCCCGGUCCGGCAUCUCUUACUAUCAGGCUUCCUUCUCCACAUCCUCCUGCCGCUUCUCCCGCGCCUGAUACCCCUCGUCUACCCUCCUCCACCUCCAUCUCCCUCGCCCUUCAACCACCCAUCCGUCCGCUCUUCGCCUAUGCCUUCUCCAGGAAGCCACUUACGAGCCGUCAACCCCCCGUCAACCCAAGAACUCUCCCGCCUUCUCCAAAUGUCCCUCGUCCUCUCCACCCAGGCCAAGUACACAUCCUUCUUCCCACCCACCUCCAUCCCCAACGCCCAAGAUAGAGAUCGGGAUGAAGAAGUCCGGUCCAAUGUGGAAGGUUUGGGCCAAGCGGUGCGAUGGCAGAAUCGACGGAUGGAGAUGGAAGCUGAAGCUGCUGCUGCUGCUCUUGCCGGUGGCGGGAGCGAGUCGACGCCUAAUAGCGCUGGCACUACCAAGCCCAGCGUAUACUCCAACCCCUCCGCCCGUAACUCGCUCAACUUGCAGCGCAAACCAUCUUUGCCCGGGGGCGGCAUCAGUGGGCGACACAGGAGACGAGGCUGGCGAGCGUCGAGCUAUAUGGGCCAACUUGGUCCGGGCGGGAUCGGCGAGUGGGGGCAGAACCAUAUGGGCGGGCCGAAAGCUGGCACCAUGUCGAGGCAGGGUAGCGGGUACGCGCAUGGGUACGGGUACCCGGUCGAAGACGACGACGACGAAGAUAUCACCCCUUCGCAGACUGUCCCCGGCCAAGGACCGCAUGCUGCUUCGUCGCGCACCGUCUCUGGGCGUGAACGGACGGCGACGACAGAUUCUGCGUCGGCGUAUUCGUAUCAUAUCACUGGAAGUAUGAUGUCUGCUCAGACGGGGAUGACGAGUUUGGCGGGACAGUCGACUGCGACGGGGUCGACUUUGACGGCGCCGACCAUUACGGGCGGAGAGAGUUUGGCGAGCUAUGGGGAGACGCCGACACCUUUGGCGGGUGGGGUUUUGAGGGGAAAUAAUGGGGGGAGGGAGAAUAUGGUUUAUGGGCGGCCGGCGGGCUUGAGGACGGAAUAG